GGGUGGGAUCCGGGCCACAGAUUGCAGGAUUAGUGAUAUGCUUUCCUAAACAGCAGCAAAGCUGAAGAUGUCUAGACACUUGGUGGCUUUGACAGUGACCACACUUCUUGGUGUGGCGGUGGGGGCGUUUGUCCUGUGGAAAGGCAUCUGGCACCGGAGGAGCAGAACAAGCCGUGGGACCCAGCAGCAGCAGCAGCAGCAAGCUCCAGGCGGCAGAGAGCCGGCCCCUCCAGAAAAGGACCAGCGGCCCUCCAGUGCCCCCAGGGCCUCCUGGGAGGAGAGGAUCCUUGAAGCAAAGGUUGUGACUGUGUCCCAGGAGGCCGAGUGGGACCAAGUCGAACCCUUGCUUAGGAGUGGGUUAGAAGAUACUCCAGUACUUGGAAUCGACUGUGAGUGGGUGAACUUGGAAGGGAAAGCCAGUCCUCUGUCACUCCUUCAGAUGGCCUCCCCAAGUGGCUUCUGUGUCUUGGUUCGCUUGCCCAAGCUGAUCUGUGGAGGAAAAACACUACCAAAAACAUUAUUGAACAUUUUGGCAGAUGGCUCUAUUUUGAAGGUUGGAGUAGGAUGUUCAGAAGAUGCCAGCAAGCUUCUGCAGGAUUAUGGCCUCGUUGUUAAGGGGUGCCUGGACCUCCGAUACCUAGCCAUGAGGCAGAGAAACAAUUUGCUCUGUAAUGGGCUUAGCCUGAAAUCACUCGCCGAGACUGUUUUGAACUUUCCUCUUGACAAGUCCCUUGUACUUCGUUGCAGCAACUGGGAUGCUGAGGAUCUUACAGAGGACCAGGUAAUUUAUGCUGCCAGGGAUGCCCAGAUUUCAGUGGCUCUCUUUCUCCAUCUUCUUGGAUACCCUUUCUCUAGGAAUUCAACUUUAGAAGAAAAUGAUGACCUCAUUGGCUGGAGAAAGGUUUUGGAGAAGUGCCAGGAUGUGGUAGACAUUCCAUUCCGAAGCAAAGGAAUUAGCAGAUUGGGAGAAGAGGUUAAUGGGGAAGCAACAGAAUCUCAGCAGAAGCCAAGAAAUAAGAAGUCUAAGACCGAUGUAACAGUGCCAGGCAACCACCAAGGGAGAGACCCCAGAAAACAGAAAAGAAAGCCCCUGGGGGUGGGCUAUUCUGCCAGAAAAUCACCGCUCUAUGAUAACUGCUUUCUCCAUGCUCCUGAUGGACAGCCCCUGUGCACUUGUGAUCGAAGAAAAGCUCAGUGGUACCUGGACAAAGGCAUUGGAGAGCUGGUGAGUGAAGAGCCUUUUGUGGUCAAGCUACAGUUUGAACCUGCUGGAAGACCUGAAUCCCCAGGAGACUACUACUUGAUGGUUAAAGAGAACCUGUGUGUAGUGUGUGGCAAAAAAGACUCCUACAUUCGGAAGAACGUGGUUCCACACGAGUACCGGAAGCACUUCCCCAUUGAGAUGAAGGACCACAACUCCCACGACGUGCUGCUGCUCUGCACCUCUUGCCAUGCCAUCUCCAACUACUAUGACAACCAUUUGAAGCAGCAGCUGGCCAAGGAGUUCCAGGCGCCCAUUGGCUCUGAGGAGGGCUUGCGCCUGCUGGAGGAUCCCGAGCGCCGGCAGAUGCGUUCUGGGGCCAGGGCCCUGCUCAACGCCGAGAGCCUGCCCGCUCAUCGGAAGGAGGAGCUGCUGCAAGCUCUCAGAGAGUUUUAUAACACGGACAUGGUCACGGAUGAGAUGCUUCAGGAGGCUGCCAGCCUGGAGACCAGGAUUUCCAAUGAAAACUACAUUCCUCACGGGCUGAAGGUGGUGCGGUGCCAUAGCCAGGGUGGGCUGCGCUCCCUCAUGCAGCUGGAGAGCCGCUGGCGUCAGCACUUCCUGGACUCCAUGCAGCCCCAGCACCUGCCCCAGCAGUGGUCAGUGGACCACAACCAUCAGAAGCUGCUCCGGAAAUACGGGGAGGACCUUGCCAUCAAGCUGUCGUGAUAGCUGCUCUCCUCCCAGGUUAGGACAGCUGGGAAGCUGGAGCCAAGGUGGAAAACUCACCUCUUCCCAUUUUAAUACGUUGUUAAUUGUCAAAGCCUGGUGACACGACCCAGAAUACUAACCCAUACUGACCCCAGGAUGCUUCUGGUGGAGCAUGGCUGUUGUUUGAAGGGGAGCUUAUGGUUUUGAAUUCUAGUUGGGCAGAAUGAAAAUUCUUUUUUUCUCCCUUUUACUUUAUUUUUAUGGACAAGGAGGCCCUUGAGUUUAUUUUACUCUUUCUCUUCUGCUUUUCCUGUGCUGAUGGCAAAUGAAGGAUUCUCCCUGAAGUGACUUGUCAGGACUCUCAGGUUUUUAAUACAUUUCUUCCCUUUUCAGUAUGUUGAUUUAUCUCAAAUGGGCUGUCACGUAUUUCAGUCCCAUCAGGUUAGGAGCGGAGAAAAGGUGCUUCCAAGGGGUUGGGGAGGCAAACAAGGGUUCAGAUUCAUUUUCCCAGUUCAGCCUCCUAAUUAUAAAUUCUCCAGCUUAAUGCCCUCCCACAAUGCACCUGUUUGGGAUCCAUCCCAUCUGAAUCACUUCAGUUUAUUUCACAGAAUGCUGCCCUUGACAUGCCCAGGACCAAAGCAGCAACUUCUUGCCCCAUGUGCCCACCCUUACACUGGAGGAAACCCUUCUGUAGAAACAGGCCUUCAACCUGGGUGGGGCAGAGAGAAGCCCAAGCACCAUCUCCCAAGAGAACUUCGAUGAUUUGCUUAGCUUUUCCUUUUGUGCUGUUCAUUGUCUGCUUGUUGCCAUCCUCCUGCCCAUAACUGCAAGGUUUUUAGCUUAAUCCCUUUCUGAGAGGACGAUUAUCUUUUCUCAGACUCAGUAUCAAGCCCCUUCCAAGUUCUGUGCCCCAUCAGAUUCUCAAUACUCUUUUGAGCGCUUGAUUCUCUCUCGAGUCAUUUGGUCAGGGUGCAGUGUGAGGAUUUCUCCAUCUCCUCCCAUGCCUGGAACACCGAGAUUAAUUCAUGUGUUUAGAUGUUCAAAGUGGUGUUUUUAUCUUUCAAAAUGUGAAGUUGCCACUUUAAGCAUGAAAGUAACUUAUUAGUGAUUAGUAUUUUUCUAAAGUAUUAGGAAAACUUUCUUACGUUAUAAGAUCUUAAUAAGCUUAAAAAAGAAUUUUAUGGCCAGAAUCCAACAAGAACCCUGUUUUGGAAUUGUGCCCAAGUUGGCGAUGGUUGCUGUAACAUUGAUAAAUAAAACUUCUAAGCACAAAA